AUGCACCAUGGUUCCGAGUUCACGUCCCAACUUCCUCAUUAUACUAGCCGAUGGUAUGUCCUUACCCCGCGCGCUUUAGAAGCUCUCAUUAACUGCCCACGCAAUAAAGAUCUCGGAUAUAGCGAUAUUGGCUGCUUUGGAAGCGAAAUUCGCACCCCGAACCUCGAUACCCUUGCUAUAAAUGGCGCCCGCUUCACGGACUAUAACCAUAUUGCUGGCGUUGGCGUAAUGAGUGAGCAGAAGGGUAGAGACCCCGAGAGGUGGAAUGUACCUGGCCACGAAGGCUUUCUCAAUCACAAUGUGGCUGCCGUCUCUGAGAUCCUACAAGAUAAUGGUUACCACACUCUGAUCAGUGGAAAAUGGCACCUUGGUCUGCGAACGGAAAACAACCCAGCCGUCCGGGGCUUUGACCGCUCGUUCGCGCUGCUUCCUGGGACUUCAAAUCACUACGGCUGGGAGCCGCAGUUUGGCAAGGAUUACAUUAACUUCUUCGUCCGAAUCCCAGUCCUGUAUACUGAGGACGGCAAAAAGUGCGACAUCGAACCAAACUUGAACCACGAUAAGAAAGGCUUCUUUACAUCUGACUUUUAUACGGACAAUUUGAUUAAUUACUUGGACGAUCGCUCCGAAGCAGACAAAGAGAAGCCCUUUUUCGCAUAUUUGCCCUUCUCAGCACCGCAUUGGCCACUGCAGUGUGCUAAAGAGGACCGUGACCGGUACAAGGGAAUGUAUGAUGAUGGGCCGGAUGCGCUCCGUAUCAAGCGCAUGGAGCGGAUGAAGGAACUAGGGUUGAUUCCUAAGGACAUCCGCCCGCAUGAUGUUGUGGUCGGGCCCAUGAACACGGAGUGGGACGAAAUGACCGACUACGAGCGUCAAUGUUCUGCUCGCUCUAUGGAAUGUUUCGCUGGCAUGGUCGACAAUAUCGACCAGAACGUUGGGAAAGUUGUGGACUAUCUGAAGAAGACUGGUGAAUUUGAGAACACCUUCAUUGUCUUCCAGAGUGACAAUGGUGCCGAAGGGGCAACAUACGAGGCUCUCCCCACCAUGGGAGCUGAUCUCAUGCGGGUUAUCAACGAGUACUAUGAUAACUCUCUUGACAACAUUGGAAAUGCAACGUCAUUUGCCUGGUAUGGUACACGGUGGGCCCAAGCCUCGACAGCACCAUCGCGUUUAUAUAAGAUGUUCACAACUGAGGGCGGCAUCAAUGUACCCUUUGUGGUCCACUACCCGAAAUUUUCUCGCGAGCGCCAGAAUGGAACUACCAUCCGCGCCUUCUCCAGCGUGAUGGAUCUGACCCCGACAAUGCUUGAUCUUGCGGGCGUCACCCACCCGGCAGCCAACGGGAAGCCAGCGCAGUUCCGUGGUAGGGAAGUUGCACCCAUGCGAGGCUCAUCUUGGGUUCCAUUCAUGAUGGGUGAUGGCAUUAAUUCUCCCGAUGCCAUUCAUGGUGAUACAGCUAUGGGCUGGGAGCUGUUCGGACGAGCGGCCGUGCGCAAGCUUAACUGGAAGCUCGUGAGCAUUGAGAGUUCAAUGGGCGGCCGGAAAGACGGUGGCUGGCAGCUAUAUGACUUGUCUACUGACCCGGGGGAGACAGUGGAUCUGGCUGAUGAGAAGCCCGAAAAGGUCAAGGAACUACUUGAAAUUUGGCAGCAAUACCGCAAGGAGACGGGCGUAGUCUGGGGUACUCCGAUCAAAUAUGUCGGCGAAGAGUGGGAUGGCAACGAUGAGGAUGGAAUCAUUGGCGGAGAUGCAAUCACGCAGACAAAGGCUUGGAUGAACGUGAGGAAGAACGAGGCUCCACCAGUCAAGAGUUGA